UAUGUAGCUCUAUAAGAACCUUACUUUAAUUAUUUCACUCUUCACUAAGAUAUAGUGUGUUACUGUGUUUUAGGUGGUUUUGAUUCUUUAGAUGGAUUAAUGUUGAUCACAUGGGUUAUCAUCAGAUGUAAGUGACAGAAAACAGUUUUUCAGAUUGAAUCAAACUGGAGGGUCAUUGAAGAUGGGAACAUUGGAUUGUAUGUUUACAAUUAUCAUUUUCGUCAGUUUUUGGGUUUUUGGGAAAUCGGAGAUUUAUAUUGUGACAAUUGAAGGAGAGCCGGUAACAAGUUAUAGAGGUGGUGUGAGUGGUUUUGAAGCCACUGCUGUUGAAUCCGAUGAGAAGCUUGAUGUCACUAGUGAUUCAGUUUCAGCAUAUUCCCAUCACCUAGAACUCAAACAUGAUACUCUUCUUGAAACGUUGUUUGAUGAAGGAAGUUAUAAGAAAAUCUACAGUUAUAAACAUCUUAUCAAUGGUUUCGCAGUUGAUGUUUCUCCUGAACAGGCAGAAAUGCUCAGGCGAGCCAAUGGCGUGAAAUCAGUAGAUAAAGAUUGGAAAGUGAGGAAACUCACCACACAUACACCACAAUUUCUUGGGCUUCCCACCGGGGUUUGGCCAAUGGGCGGUGGAUAUGACAGAGCAGGGGAGGACAUUGUGAUUGGAUUUGUUGAUUCCGGUAUUUUCCCAGAUAAUCCAAGUUUUGGGAAUCUUAAUAUCGUACCAUAUGGGCCUAUACCAAAAUACAGAGGAAAAUGUGAAAUUAAUUCUGAUACAAAAAAGAGUUUUUGUAAUGGGAAGAUUGUUGGAGCACAACAUUUUGCAGAAGCUGCAAUAGCAGCUGGUGCUUUUAAUCCUUCGGUUAAUUAUGCUUCGCCUAUGGAUGGUGAUGGACAUGGAAGCCACACUGCAGCAAUUGCAGCCGGAAAUAAUGGGAUCCCAGUUCGAGUCCAUGGAUACGAAUUUGGAAAAGCAAGUGGAAUGGCUCCUCGUGCCAGGAUUGCUGUGUACAAGGCGCUCUACAGGCUCUUUGGGGGUUUUGUUGCUGAUGUCGUCGCCGCCAUCGAGCAAGCAGUUCAUGAUGGUGUUGACAUAUUGAAUCUCUCAGUGGGACCCAACAGUCCUCCGGCCACUACACGAACCACAUUCUUAAACCCGUUUGAUGCUACCCUUCUCGCAGCUGUAAAAGCUGGAGUUUUUGUAGCACAAGCAGCUGGAAAUGGUGGGCCUUUCGCCAAAUCUCUUGUGUCUUAUAGUCCAUGGAUCAUGUCUGUGGCUGCUGCUGUUGAUGAUCGACGAUAUAAAAAUCAUCUUACACUUGGAAACGGGAAGAUUCUUGCUGGAAUUGGUUUGUCACCUGCUACAAGUUUAAAUAAGAAGUAUACGCUCGUUGCUGCUAAUGAUGUUGUGUUGGAUUCUUCGGUUAUGAGAUUUAGUCCAACGGAUUGCCAGAGGCCUGAAGUUUUGAACAAAAAUAUGGUGAAAGGAAACAUACUUUUAUGUGGUUAUUCGUUCAAUUUUGUUAUCGGAACCUCAUCAGUGAAGAAGGUUGCUGAAACUGCAAGGAGUCUUGGUGCAAUUGGCUUUGUACUUGCUGUUGAGAAUGUUGCACCGGGAACAAAGUUUGACCCAAUGCCUAUUGGCAUGCCCGGGAUUGUCAUUACGGACGUUAGCAAGUCAAUGGAGCUUAUAAACUAUUACAAAGCAUCUACUUCAAGGGAUUGGACUGGACGGGUGAAAAGUUUUAAAGCUACAGGAACCAUAGGAGAAGGUUUGGAGCCUAUACUUCACAAAUCAGCACCUAUAGUCGCUUUGUUUUCUGCCCGAGGGCCAAAUAUAAAAGACUACAGCUUUCGUGAUGCGGAUCUUUUAAAACCCGAUAUUCUAGCACCCGGUUCUUUGAUUUGGGCUUCUUGGUCUCCCAAUGGAACCGAUGAGGCAAAUUACAUAGGAGAGAGCUUUGCUAUGAUCUCAGGAACGAGCAUGGCUGCACCACACAUAGCGGGAAUAGCAGCUCUUAUAAAGCAGAAACAUCCUCAUUGGAGCCCAGCAGCUAUCAAGUCAGCUUUGAUGACAACAACAAAUACACUGGACCGAGGUGAGAAGCCCAUUCUAGCUGAAAAAUAUUCAGGGGCAGACAAGUUGACAUUCGUCUCGGCGACACCUUUUGAUUAUGGAAGUGGCCACGUCAAUCCCCGUGCUGCGAUGGACCCAGGACUCAUCUUCGAUGCAGGUUAUGAAGAUUAUUUAGGAUUCUUGUGCACGACUCCUGGAAUCAACUAUCACGAGCUACUUAACUACACUCACCGUCCAUGUAAUUAUACUCUCGGCCAUCCUUACAAUCUGAACACACCGUCGAUUGCAAUCUCCCAUCUUGUAAGAACCCAAACAGUAACUCGAACAGUCACAAAUGUAGAUGAAGAAGAGACGUAUACAAUCACAUCAAGAAUGGCACCAGCCAUAGCGAUUGAAACAAGUCCUCCAUCCAUGACUAUAAGACCAGGUGCAUCACAUAAGUUUUUCAUCACUUUGACUGUACGAUCAGUGACUAACAGUUAUAGUUUUGGGGAGGUUUUGUUGAAGGGAAACAGAGGACAUAAGGUCCGGAUACCAGUUGUAGCAAUGGGUUAUAAACGGUAGCCACCAUUUUGGGUUGGGUUGGGUUCAUAAUGAUGUGAUGUAAUUCUUUUGUAAAACCGUUUUAAUAUAUGAGUAUAGAAAAUGGCAGGUGUAUUUAGAUGGGUAAUUUGUAAAUAAAGUAGUUGUAUAAGGUGAAAAGGCUAUUUAUUGCUAUCAAGUUUUGCUGGUUGUUACUGCUGCUGGCAUGGACAGAUAGUUGUACUUGCUUGAUGAGUUACAUACCAAUUUUGCGGCACAUGCCACAUGAUACACGUAUUGUGGUGUAUGAAAGAUAAGACUCAUUCGCACCGAAACCAGCCCCCUUAGUAACUAAACAUGUUAUUUCUAGUAGUAAGUGAAGAAUAUUGUCGUCACAUAGUUCAGUUUUUUUUUAUCUUCAAUUAUAUUAGCUUGUAGUUACGAUCAAAGGUGGCUACUAUUAUAACAGGACAUUUGCAUUUUGAUUUUA